GAAGACAUCAUUACAAAGAUGCAGGACGACAAGACAGGGGGUGUGCCCAUCAGAACGGUCAAGAGCUUCCUCUCCAAAAUCCCCAGCGUCGUCACAGGGGCUGACAUCGUGCAGUGGCUCAUGAGGAACCUGUCCAUCGAGGACCCAGUGGAGGCAAUACACCUGGGGAGUCUCAUCGCCGCCCAGGGAUACAUCUUCCCCAUCUCGGACCACGUUCUCACACUGAAGGAUGAUGGCACCUUUUACCGCUUCCAGGCUCCUUACUUCUGGCCCUCCAACUGCUGGGAACCCGAGAACACUGACUACGCCAUCUAUCUCUGUAAAAGGACAAUGCAGAAUAAAGCAAGGCUUGAACUGGCAGACUACGAAGCGGAAAACCUAGCAAGACUCCAGAGGGCCUUUGCAAGGAAGUGGGAGUUCAUCUUCAUGCAAGCAGAAGCCCAAGUCAAGAUCGAUUGGAAAAAGGACAAGACAGAAAGAAAAAUUCUGGAUAGUCAAGAACGGGCCUUCUGGGAUGUCCACAGGCCGGUGCCAGGCUGUGUGAACACCACAGAAAUGGACAUCAGGAAGUGCCGACGUCUGAAGAAUCCACAGAAGGUUAAAAAGUCAGUGUACGGUGUGACGGAGGAGACCCCAGUGCAGAGCCCUGUGCAUGUCCUCAGCCAACCCAUCAGGAAGACCACCAAGGAGGACAUCCGGAAGCAGGCAACAUUUUUGAAUGUGCAGAUUGACAGACAUCGUUUGAAAAUGUCCAAAGUGGCUGAAAGCUUAAUUGCAUACACGGAACAGUAUGUGGAAUAUGACCCUCUGAUAACAUCGGCCGAGCCAUCCAAUCCCUGGAUCAGCGACGAUAUCACAUUGUGGGACAUAGAGAUGAGCAAGGAACCCAGCCAGCAGCGGGUGCGGAGAUGGGGCUUCUCCUUCGAUGAGAUUCUGAAAGACCAGGUGGGCCGGGAUCUGUUCCUGCGGUUCCUGGAGUCUGAAUUCAGCUCAGAAAACCUCAGGUUCUGGCUGGCCGUUCAGGAGCUAAAGAAGCAGUGCCUGCAGGACGUGGCCGGGCGUGUGGAGGACAUCUGGCGGGAGUUCCUGGCCCCGGGGGCCCCCAGCGCCAUCAACCUGGACUCCCAUAGCUAUGAGGUCACCAGCCAGAACCUCAAGGAUGGCGGCAGAUACACCUUCGAAGAUGCUCAGGAGCACAUCUACAAGCUGAUGAAGAGCGACAGCUAUGCCCGCUUCCUCCGCUCCAACGCCUACCAGGACCUGCUGCUGGCCAGGAAGAAGAAAGUGAGCAAGGUCGUAGAACUUCCCUAG